AUGCAGAGCAGGUCUCAUUGAUGGAGCUGCCUUCGCCAGCCCUGGGGAGCUUGGUACAUUUCGCCCAGAGCUUCGCUGUGAAGACAAAUGCAUUUAGGAACCCAAAGAACAAGGAGUGGAAACAGCUCUCCCACAGCAAGAGCGAUAAGAUUUGUCUUUUUAAUUGCAAUAUGCAGAGCAGUUGCUGUGGCCGAUGGACAAGGCAUAAAUAUCCUUCAGAAGUUAAAAGCAGAAGACGAGACUUUUUCACCCUUAGCAACAGCCUCCACUCCACUGUGGUCUUCUGGAGCCGAGGCUUACGAGGGCAAACUGGCAGGAGGAGGACUUGUUUUAACACCACAUACAAUCAUUGAAUUUCCAGUAGAAAAGCUUUUACCCUUCAGCUUUGGGAACUCAUUUUCAGUAUUAAUAAGUCUUCGUUCAGACAAGUUAAAUAAUGCUUUCCUCUUCAGUAUUCGUAACAAGAGUAGGUUAUAUUUUGGAGUUCAGUUACUUCCAAGGAAAGUCGUUGUCCACUUGGAUGGGAAGCAGUCUGUAUCUUUCGACUACAGUGUUCACGAUGGAGAGUGGCACAGUUUUGCUCUCAGCAUUGGAGAACAGUCGGUAGCCUUGUUUUCUGAGUGUGGGGAAAAGAACUUAAUUAAAAAAGUUACUUUAGGUACACAGAACUUUGGACCUGGUAGUGUGUUUACAAUAGGAAGGAUGAAUCUUAAUUCUGCCCAAUUUGAGGGUGCGAUUUGCCAGUUAGAAAUCAUUCCCUCUGCUAAAGCUUCUACAAAUUAUUGUCAGUAUGUGAAGCAGCAAUGUCGCCAGGCUGACACUUAUCGAUCAACAUUUCAAACCGCAGGAGGGGCUUUAGUGACAAACAGAAAUAUGAAGAAUGAGAUGCUGUCAUCUCAAAACAAAAAAUCUAAUUUGAUUUCAAAUUCAACUGCAAGUCCCAGUAACUCAUCAAUUAGGAAUACUACAAAGACGGAUAGGACACUGCUACCAAAAACCACAGAUGUAGAUAGUUUGAAAGAUGAAACAAAAAUACAAAGGAUCUUUAACAGAACCCUUUACAGGUCUUCCAUUUCUACCCCUCGACAAAGCCAUGUGGACUCUUGGUACCAAGGUUUUUAUGAUGAAGAUCACCAUUAUAAUCCUGAAAACAGCUAUGAAAAUUAUGACUAUGACUACGAAGAAAUCAAUUCAAUGUUUGAAAUGGAGCAGUUAAGAGGAGGCAAAGGUGAUCUAGGACCUCCAGGCCCACAAGGACCUCCAGGAUUACCAGGUCCUCCAGGAAAACGAGGUCCAAGGGGAACAGUUGGUCCUCAUGGGAAGCCUGGUUUACCUGGUCAACCUGGCCCAAAGGGUCCAAAAGGAGACCCAGGGCUGUCACCUGGCCAGGCGUCACGUGGUGAGAAGGGGGAUCAAGGUCCAGUAGGUUUCAUGGGUGAUCCCGGCCCUCGUGGACAGCAGGGUCCUAAAGGUUACCCCGGACCCCCAGGACCUGCAGGAGAAAAGGGAAUCCCAGGACUGAGUGGAAAUGACGGUGCCCCGGGUUACCCUGGCAGGCAGGGUUUAGCUGGACCAGAAGGAAAUCCAGGAAGUAAAGGUAUAAGAGGUUUUAUUGGAAUAGCUGGCGUGCCGGGGCCUCCUGGGCCGGAGGGGGAGAGAGGGAUACCAGGACCUGCUGGGAAGAAAGGAAUCAAAGGUAGAACGGGUGUUCCUGGAGAUGUUGGAGAAAGAGGCCCUCCUGGUCCUGAUGGUAGUCCAGGAAUCGUUGGUGGAUUAGGACCUCCUGGGUUUCUUGGUUUGACUGGUGAUACUGGACUGGUGGGCGAUGUAGGUUCUUCAGGGAUUCCUGGACCUCAGGGACCUCCUGGGAGCAUGGGACCACCUGGACUGAAAGGUGAUAAGGGAGAGCCUGGAUUUCCUGGAGAAGCAGGAGAGAUGGGGUACCCCGGAGAUAAGGGUGUGAUGGGUUUACUGGGUCUCCCAGGACUGAAAGGAAAACCAGGGCCACAGGGGAAAGCUGGAGAACGAGGACUGCAAGGACUACCUGGCCCCCCUGGCCCAGAGGGUUUUCCUGGAGAUAUCGGUUUGCCUGGGGUUAAUGGUCCUGAAGGACCAAAGGGUAUUCUUGGAGACAGAGGAUCCCCGGGUCCUCAGGGACCAAAAGGUACAGAGGGUGAAGAAGGCCCAGAAGGACCUCGUGGUGCGGUUGGACCCAUGGGAAGACCAGGACGUAAAGGAUAUGCUGGGGAGCCAGGCCCCGAAGGGUUAAAGGGAGAAAUUGGAGUUGUGGGAAUCCUUGGAAAAGUUGGUGAAGCAGGGCCCAUUGGAUUGCCAGGUGAGACAGGGCCAGCAGGAGUCCCUGGAGAAAAGGGAGAAAGGGGCAAUCCUGGCCCUGAAGGCCCGUCUGGUGAAAAAGGAACAUUAGGCUACCCAGGGCUUCCAGGACCCCCAGGUGUGAUUGGACCCCCAGGGUUACCGGGUCCCCCUGGACCGCGAGGACCUCCUGGGCUACAAGGAACAAAAGGCCAAAGAGGUCCACGAGGGCCAGACGGUGCCAUAGGAGAAAAGGGCAUGCAGGGGCCUAAAGGAGAACACGGGGAGCCAGGCAAAAGAGGCGUUCCUGGACGUAUUGGAAAAGCUGGUUAUCCUGGAGAAAAAGGCGAGAACGGAAAUGUUGGAUCUCCAGGUACCACAGGAAGCACAGGAGAUGUGGGACCCAGCGGAGAGCCAGGAGCAAGGGGACCACAAGGGGACAUCGGACCACCUGGAGAAACAGGCCCAGAGGGACCACCCGGAACUGAGGGAGAAGUUGGACUUCAAGGAGAACCUGGAGUAAAGGGAGAUGUGGGGGCUCCUGGCAUUGCUGGAGAUUCAGGAGAACCAGGUUUACGGGGAGAACUGGGACCUCCAGGGGAAGAGGGCAGUCAAGGGAAAGAUGGUUCAAAGGGAGAGCCAGGCAACCGUGGCAUGGAGGGCGAAAGAGGGGAAAAAGGAGAGUGCGGAAUAUCAGGAAACCCAGGGUCUAAGGGAGAACCGGGCAGAAUGGGUAUGCCGGGGCCGGAAGGAAAAUCAGGAGUUCCAGGUCAAACGGGGCGUCCAGGCAAAAAGGGAGAGAAGGGACAGAUGGGUCCAUUCGGAGCUGUGGGCGGUGUGGGGGAGCCAGGGGUACAAGGCGAAUUCGGACUGAAAGGGGCCCGUGGAACCAGAGGAAUAAUGGGAAAUUUAGGAUUAAUGGGUCCGGAAGGAGAACCUGGGAUUCCCGGAUACGGGGGUCAUCAAGGGUCAGCAGGACCUGCAGGAACACCAGGACCAAAAGGAGAAAAGGGUUCCCCAGGGGAGGACAGCACAGUGUUUGGGCCUCUAGGACCUCCAGGUGAAACAGGUCCUCGUGGUGAACAUGGAGACAAGGGAGAAGCUGGCGAUCAAGGUUACACGGGUCACCCAGGUGUUACCGGACCUAGAGGACCAAUCGGUCAGCAGGGAUCGCCUGGAGACCCUGGACCUUCUGGGAACCAAGCACAGAAGGGAGAGAAGGGCGUGGAGGGUCCCAAGGGAAAGAAGGGAAUCAGGGGUGCUACAGGGAAACCCGGAAUUCCUGGGCCUCCGGGUUUCGUUGGAAUGAGAGGUGCAAAUGGGCAUCCAGGGUCAGACUCUGUGACCGGACUCCCCGGAAAACCUGGACUUCCUGGCCGUCCUGGCUUCCCUGGUGAGAAGGGCGAGCCUGGCCUCGCUGGAUUGGCUGGUUUACCAGGACCUCGAGGAGAGAAAGGCUUGCCUGGAAUAUCUGGUGAUACUGGGGCACCAGGUUUGAAGGGAGAACAUGGGCUGCAGGGUCAUCCGGGAAAACCGGGUCAGAGGGGACUCCCUGGUUCUCAAGGUGAUCAAGGACAUAUUGGGGAAAUCGGACUGAAAGGACUUCCAGGAGAAGAUGGCGAUCAAGGUCUAAUGGGUUUCUCAGGUUUCCCAGGGCCAAAGGGACAUAAUGGUGACGUGGGUGCCGUGGGCAUUCAUGGCCCAAAAGGACCAUCCGGGCAGUUUGGUAAGAGUGGUCCAGUAGGUCCCGGUGGCAUUGUGGGGCCAACAGGUAAACUGGGAAAUAAAGGUGAAAAAGGUUCAAAAGGAACAAUGGGACCUCAAGGACCAAGAGGUGAUCCAGGUCUACCGGGAGCGCCAGGUUUGCCAGGGCCUACGCGUCACCAGAAUAUGAAUGCUGCUAUCCAAGCUCUCAUUGAUUCCCACGGCGCUCUGCAGAUGGAGAAUUACCAAAAUACACAACUAACAAUACUAGACUUCAGCACGGAGAUUUUUAAAACUCUUCACUACCUGACUGACUUAAUGCACAGUAUUAAAAAUCCACCUGGGACACGAGACAACCCAGCUCGAAUCUGCCGCGAUCUGCUGAACUGUGACCGCAAAGUCUCUGAUGGGAAAUACUGGGUCGAUCCUAACCUGGGCUGCCCUUCGGACGCCAUUGAGGUUUUCUGCAAUUUCACUGCCGGCGGACAGACCUGCUUAUCGCCCAUCACUGUGACAAAGUUGGAGUUUGGUGUGGGAAAGGUACAGAUGAAUUUUCUCCAUUUACUGAGCUCGGAGGUCACCCAUACACUCACUAUACAUUGUCUGAACUCCUCGGUCAUAGGACGAGAUCCACCGAUCAUCUUCAAAGGAUGGAACCGGCACAUGUUUGAAGGAAAUCAGUCACAUGAAAUAACUGUUCAGGAUGAAUGCGAGAUUCAGGAUGGAGCGUGGCACAAGACACAGUUCAUGUUUCACUCGCAGGAGACAAGUAAACUUCCCGUGGUUGGGAUUCCCACCUUAUCGCACCUAGAAGAAGAUCAGCUGUAUUUAGAGAAUGGCCCUGUGUGCUUCCUCUGAUACAUCAGGCUCUGGGUGAAACAAUCUUCCUUCUGCGUUCCAGUUCAACGUGCCAUCAUGUUCUAACAAAGAUUUCUCCUAAAAUGUCUGGAACUGCAAGCACAAUAAAGAGCGUCGACAUUUACAGUGUAAUAUUUGAAUUAUUGUCAGUUUAUGAAUAUUGUCUGGAACACCAGAACUGGAAGCUCAUAACACCCAGAGAUUUUUAAUGUACUGUACGAAACAUCUAGGAACGUGUAAUUGAGCAGAACUAGUGAGAACUCAUCAUUAGCGCCAUGUGUCUAAAAAUGAUCCCACAGUCAGUUACUCCAUCCAUAUACCUUCGCUAAUGCGGAGAUUCACAGAUGGUGCUAUGUGCCUUAUAAGCAAAGUCAUUUUACCCUUAUUCAUAGUCUAGACCUUUGCGGGCAUUGUUAAAGUGGUGCAAGUAAAGGGUAUGUGCAGGCACUCAACACCCUUUUCUAGUAAUUGCGUGAAAACCCUUUAGUGCAAUGCUGAUUGAAUGUGGUCUAGAUACCCUGAAUGGACCCUAGAUCCUGCCAUAGAGUGGAGUCAGUUCAACAAAGCCAGUACAGAUAUUUGUGCCCAACAUAACCAUAAAAGACAAAUGAAUACCAGGUGAUAUUACGGAGAACCUGUCACAGGGAUAGCUGCUGCUUUCCAAUAACCAGGAUGGCAACAGCUUUUAUCAGUCUAGCUAUAGGUUCAUCCUUGCCUCCUCUCCCAAAUUGGUUUCUGAUAACACAUACAAUCUCAUUAACCUCUGAUAAGAGCAAGCCUACCUCCAACAUGUUAACUAUUAAUAAUGCAAACUUAUCCCAACACCACAAGGCUUUAGGUCCGAUCAUUGUACU